AUGCUUGCAACUCAGAAGACCCUUUUUCCUCCGUGUUCUAUAGAAAGGUUUCAGAAAGGGGCAGUUGAUGAACCAAGUACCCACUGGGCAUUUCUAUUCAGAUGUUUUCAGAAGAUUGAGAUAGUGCCACUUUCUGAUUCUGAUGUUAAUCAUAUGCUCUUCUCUUUCUAUCUCAAGUAUGGAAAGCCUCAAUUUCAAGUUUGGAGUUUACAAAAUAUUGUCGCAAUGAAGGUUUGUGCUCCUUUUCCAGCUGACGACUUCAUCAAUAUGAAUUUUAUAGGGUUCGGAGGAACAAAACAUACUGAAUUUGAGUUCACUCUUGCUGAUCUACCCAGCAUGAAUCCACAUGAUUGGAUCUGUUUGUUAAUGAUUUUGUCAAAAGAUGAAUAG